GCACACGUAAGCGCGAUGACGUAAGGCGUUGUACUCGGAGAAGAGCGCGCGGCGGAGGAAUCAGCACAACUAGACCAGAGAAAAAGGCGAACAAGUCCAGCGUUGUAUUCUUCCUCCGCCAAUGUCCGUUUGUUUACCUUUUGGAAGCGGUUCUCUAGUAAGGAGGCUGGCGGCACCCUCGCUGCCCCAUGCUGGCUCUCGAGGAGAACCGCAGCUACGGGCUGUCCGGCGGCUGCCCGCUGCCGAGGAGCCGUGGCGCCAACGUUUCGGUGUUUCACGUCAAACUAACUGACAGUGCGGCUAGAGCCAUUAGCACCUUUCACCACGACAAGGCUUCAUCUGCCCCACCCACCAUCUCUUUCAAUGGAAACCAAGGGAAAAUCACAAUUCCCUGCUGCAAGAAUGGAGGUGAGGCGAGGAGCUUCAUGUUUGGGGUGACCAACGUCGCCCAGGACAAUCCCCACGGGAGCUUUGACUGCAUCCAGCAACUCAGCAUGAGUGGUGUGCAGGAGCUGUCAUGUCUCGGCGUGAUUCAGAAAAAGAUGACGGUCAAGGCGACAGAUGACUCGUACGACAAAGCCCUGCAGAGCAUGGCGCAGGCCGAGGAGGAGACCCGCAGCCGGGGAGCCAUCGUCAUCAAGCACGGCGGGCGCUUCCAGGGCAAGAAGGUGACGGUGCGCGCCCCUGCCCCAGCCCUCGCCAGCCUGACCAAACCUCGGCGCUCCACCAAGUCCCUUUUCAGCGGCAUCAAGGCAGCAGGCGUCUCCACAGGGAAGACAAAGGACGCCGGAGUACCCAAUGGGAGGACCACCAGUGAGGUGCAGCAGCGACCAAUCAGAGAGCGGGUGACACACUUGCUGGCCCUGAGGCCGUACAAAAGACCCGAGCUGAUGCUGAGACUGCAGAAAGAUGGACUUACCGCCAGAGAUAAAGGAAUGCUGGACUCUCUGCUGAAGGAGGUGGGUCAUGUCAACAGCAGAGACAACACUUUAGUGCUAAAGGACGCUUUGUAUAAGGAGCUGCAGAAAGACUGGCCUGGUUACACAUCAGGAGACCAGCAGCUUCUGAAGCGCAUCCUCGUCAGGAGGCUUUUCCAGCCGCAACAGAACCUCCUCAGCAUCCCCGAGACCCAGGUCAGCCCUCUCCGGGACACACCCAACUCCUCGCCGGCACACCGUCCCAAACAUUCCCUGGCAGAGGAGUACACAUACACUGACCCUCUGGCCAAUAAGAAGACAAGGAUCUCCCACUUGUCCCGCAAAACCGCAAGCGGCAUUUCCGCAUCGGGAUCAUCACCCCAAGCAGCUCACAGGGACGUCGUAGUGGCGCCACGGGAUGACUCUCAGAAGCACUCGCUUGACCCCCGCAAACUUUUGGACUCUUUGUCAGCAGCUUGUCCUCGGGAUACAGAUAACGCCGUCAGAUGGUCAGAUGGAUACUUAAGGCAAACUUCCUGCAAGCAGGAGACGCCCGAGCCUCUAGCAGAAUCUGAGCAGCCUCUUAAAGUACCUCAAGUGGACAAGAAGUCCAUUAAAAGGAAAAAGAACAAACACAGAGAGCAGAUUGAAGAAAGGAGGAGAGGCGACAAAGAGAGGAAAAGAGGUGACAGUCCAGGGGAUGGAACCAAUCAAGCUGGUGUGGACUGUGCAGAGCCUGCUGAAGUGAUGUUUGACUUGGAAGAGCCUCAAGCAGCUGAUGAUAGCAGUGAUUAUUUAACGAAGUACACAGAUAUUAGCAGCUACACUCAGCGGCAGCUUUACAAGGAGGAGUUCAACAAGGAGUACAGCGAGUACCGAGACCUGCACGCCCGCAUUGACAGUGUCACCAGACAGUUUAUGGAGCUGGACACGCAGCUCAAACAGCUCCACCACGAUUCCCAUAAAUACAAGACUGUUCAUAAUCAGAUACUCCACGAUUAUAGCAACAUAAAAAAGUCCAAUCCCAACUACAGCCAGGAGAGGAUCCGUUGUCAGUAUCUCCACAACAAACUGGCGCACAUCAAGAAGCUCAUAUCCAAGUUCGACCAGCAACAGCUUCAGCAGCAUUCUGCCCCCAACUGAAGAGAAAAGAGGGGGUCAAAUGUUACUUUCCGCACGUUGAAGCGAGGGGCGUGGAUACAGUCUGAGCUCUGAGCGGUAGGACUCGCCGCAGAAUAGGCUGGUAGUCGCAUGGGACGUGGAGAAGGUCAGCCAGAGGAACGGUUGCCGAUGCCGAGGUGAUCCGGAUCGCCAGUGUAACAAAGGCUCUUAAACCAAGACAAGGCACAUGACGAUGCUUUGGAAUAUUUUAGUGUCCCGUGCGCCAUGUCCAUGUUCACACUCUCAGAUGACAAAUGUAAAUAGCUACAGUGAUGAGAUUUGUCUUUUUUGUGAAACUAAUGUGUAAGGUCAGUGUUCCGUCUCACACCCUCAGCCCUCAUUUUAUGUAAAGGUACCAGUGUUGUCUCAAUGUCUAAAACUGUAUUCAGGGAUUUUUUUUGUUGUCCAAAGGAUUAAGGUGGAAACGCAUUGUUGCAUGCAGCAUAUUUUACAGAAUGCAUGCUUAAAUGAAUUGUCAAGAGAAAAAAAGUAUUUUGUGUAGGAUUUUUAAUUUUUUUGCUCAUUUUGGUCACUUCAGUUGUAAUACAUUCUAUAGGCAAAAGCUAAAUCAGAAAAUAUGUGAAUAAAUUCCGAUUUGAAUGUGCAUCAAA